CGGGCCUCUUAGAGAUAUGCAAGGAGAUGGCAAUCAAGAAGAUGGGAUUGGUGUUCAUUGCUACAUGCUUCUUAGGUCUCAUCUUCGAGCCCGGUCGAGCCCAUGGCUCGACGAAAUCAGACCUUUUCAUGAGCCAUGGCUCGGAUCUACCCGUCGCGCAGACUCCACCGUUGGUUGGGAUAUGUGAGUCAUUCGUGGCCGUUCACGGUUACCCCUGCAAGGAGUUUAAAGUGAAAACGCAAGAUGGGUAUGUUCUUACGUUGCAUAGGAUACCAGAAGGACGCGUUAAAGGAAGUGGGAAGAUCAGGCAGCCGGUCCUACUUCAACAUGGAAUUCUCAUGGAUGGGAUGUCGUGGCUUCUGGAUUCUCCUGAUCUGUCUCUCGGAUUCGUCUUGGCGGACAGCGGAUUCGACGUGUGGAUCUCUAACACUAGAGGGACCCGAUGGAGCCGCACUCAUACAUCCCUUGAUCCAAUCAAUCCGGCUUUCUGGGCCUGGUCAUGGGAUGAACUGGUUGAGCAUGAUCUUCCUGCUCUUUUCGAUUUCGUGCACAGCCAAACGGGCCAGAAGCUGGAUUACGUCGGCCAUUCUCUGGGGACGUUGAUGGCUCUGGCAUCUUUGUCUCAAGGCAAGUUGGUGGACCAGUUGAAAUCAGCAGCGUUGCUCAGCCCCAUCGCUUAUUUGAGCCAUAUGACCACUUCAAUUGGACAAAUCGCUGCCAGAUCCUUCAUUGGAGAAAUCACAAUAUGGUUUGGUCUUGCAGAAUUCAAUCCAAUAGGAGAAGCUGUGGCUACUUUUCUGAAAGCUCUAUGUGCGUAUCCUGGGAUCGAUUGCUACGAUCUGAUGUCAUCAUUUACUGGUAAAAACUGCUGUCUCAACGUAUCCACCAUCGAUCUCUUCCUGCAGUACGAACCGCAAUCAACGUCCACGAAGAACCUGGUCCACCUAGCUCAGACCGUUCGAGAUGGCAUCAUAGCAAAAUUUGAUUAUGGGAAUAGCGAAACGAACAUGAAGUACUAUGGCCAGAGCAAGCCUCCGAUCUACAACAUGUCGAGCAUCCCCAACGAUCUGCCACUCUUCCUUAGCUACGGUGGCCAAGAUGCGCUAUCUGACGUCCGUGAUGUGGAGCUCUUAUUGGACAAUCUCAAAUUCCACGAUGGAGAUAAGCUCACAGUUCAAUACAUAAAGGACUUCGCCCAUGCAGAUUUCGUGAUGGGAGGGUCUGCUAAGAAGAUCGUCUAUGACGCUUUGAUCGCCUUCUUCAAUCGAUGGUGAGGAUCGACCGAUUGACUCAUAAAAUGGGCCACCAUUCCAAUCAAUAUGUCCACAUUAAUUCAUCUCCAUUGCAUGAUACAUUGGGCAAUUUUUAAUAAAGAAUUUUGGGUUUGUUCUUCAUCCAA